AUGAGUUUCACUGGAAAAUAUGAAAUGGAAAAUGAAGAAAACUAUGACAACUUUAUGAAGCGCCUAGGUCUUCCUCAUGAUACAAUUGAGAAAGGAAGAAAUUUCAAGAUCGUUACUGAAAUAGUACAGAAUAAUGAUGAAUUCACUUGGUCCCAGAUUUAUCCAGGAGGGCAUAUCUUGACUAAUAAGUUUGUUAUUGGCACGGAAUCAGAAAUGGAGACAGUAGGAGACAAAAAAUUCAAGGCAAUAGUUAGAAAGGAAAAUGGCAAAGUGAUUGCUGACUUCCCAAACUACCAUUAUACUGCAGAAGUCGCUGGGGAUAAACUUAUUGAGGUUUCUACAGUUGGUGAUAUAACCUUCAAGAGAAUCAGUAAGAAGCUGUCAUAA